AUGUUGCAGCUUCGCGGAGGCAGUCCACGCCCGUCUUCAAGCUACAGGCCAACCUCAUCGAUUGCACCAUCAGAGGCGACCGAUCGAACUGAGACGCUUCAACGGACUAGGAUCCUCGAGCAAUGGACCAUCGCACGAUUCGCACUUCAGAGGGCAACACAAAAUUACGUUACGGCCUGUGAGGCAAUCGAGGCAGACUGCAAACGCUCGUCUACAUCAUUCUUGGACGAAUGUGCUCUCGAGGAGACUUUUGUCGCCAUCAAUUCCGAGCUCACUUCGCUGGCGAUUGACGAGCAGAGACUAUGGAAGGCGAGGGCAACCUUGAAAGGGCUGCGAAAUCGGUCUUCCAUCCUUUCUCCCGUAAACUUGCUUCCUCCCGAGGUCCUGACCGAUAUAUUUCUUGGUGCUGUCGAAGCCGACCGAACAACUCGCACUGCACUAGCUCAGAGGCUCAAGGAAGAGGGCGAAAAUCAGGCGAUCGCAGCCCGUCUUCGGCGACCCGACAUGGCGACGGUUAUAUCAAGUGUUAACAUCUACUGGAGGCGCCUAUCCGUUCGCACUCGAGAGCUUUGGUCGCAUAUCGAUCUCGGAGAAAGUGGGGCUCGGACCGAUACACCGUUUGCAAAGGCCAAGUUAUGGCUAGAGCGCUCACGAGGCUCACCAUUGUAUGUGAACAUCAAUACCACUGGCUCAGCCGCCAAGAUAAUCGACGCCUGGGGAAUCCUUCCUCUUCUUCGAUCACACGAGACUCAUUUCCAUUCCCUGGAUCUGAACCUGAACACGGUAGACGAGGUCCACGCCGCGCUGGCACGAUGGCUGACUGAAGGAGCACCAAGAUCCCUACGUUCACUCGCGAUAACAAUUCCUUGGCCUCCCAAACACGGCGAUACCCCCCACGCACUUCCUCCGGGAAUGCUUCAUCGAGAACAGCGUGAAGCGUUUUUUGAACCUUUGCGUACACUCGAUCUUGACGGUACAUAUCUCAGCUGGAGCGGCCCCGCGUUCAAAAACCUUGUCGACCUACGCCUUUCACGAAUCAGCGACCGCGUGUGCCCAACUGUCGAACAGUUUGUGGGUAUUCUUAACGGGAGCCCCGCCCUUCGUACUCUCUGGUUAAGGCGCAUGACUCUCCGAAUCGGGACUCGACUUAAUUUUGCUCCCAUCAAAAUGAAAAGCCUCCAGAUCCUUGGGCUUGAGCACGUCGAACCCCAAGGAAUAUGCUUACUCCUUCCUCUCUUGGCUCCCGAGCCCGGGCUCUACGUCAAGUUGGAAGGAUAUACCCGUGACCCUGGUGAAGUGGGCGAGGCUCUAACCGACUUGUUUGCUCGGUCCAAAGUCGAUAAGCUCCAUUUCAGUACAUUCGUCAAUCCGGCCCAACUACCGCGAAUGUUGGUUCGUUUGCAGCAUUUGCGUUCCUUUACAUGGCAGGGGCUGAAUAUUGGAGACGAAUUCUUCGAGACCAUGGCUCACAAUUCAACAACCGCCGAUGGUCAAUCUAACGUUAAUGGAAAUGAAGAAGGAAACGAGAGCGCUAAUACCAGAUCUGCGUAUCUGUGUCCGAACCUGCAUACGCUCGAUUUGCAAGGAUGCAGUAUAUCCGCCGCCGCGCUGCGCGAGUUGGUCACAAACCGCGUCAUUCCCAAGCUGACGAUCUCGGGAUGUCAUAUACUGGUCGAUGGUACAGGGGAAGAUGCCCCUCGACUAAUGGAAGAUUUAGAAAAGUGCUUGAACGAUUCUGUGCCGGAUUUGCUACUGAAAGAGAAUAGUCUGAUUGUUCAGGAUUGA